GGCAAACUCAGGCGCUAGACUCCAGGCUGAUCGUUUCGCGCUUCGGAAUGGCUUCAACUCCCUAGCGAGCGAUCGCGAGGAUGAGCCACGAGUUGGUGCUCUACACCAAGGGCAAGGGCAAAGGCUUGGACGAUCCGCUGCGGCGCUUUACCAAGCGUACGGUGGAUUAUGGGUCGGACUACGUGCGAUGGCUGGAGGAUUGUUUGAGUCGCCAGAAGCGGCGGCGCUUUCAGCGGCACUACAAUUACACCAAAGAAUUGGUGCCACCCUUUGCCAUGCCUCAAAACCCCUACGAUGGCAUUUGCCCACGCUUCGUCCAUGCGGCGGUGAACAAGAAUCGGUCUCCAGUCCAUGUGGUGACCUGGCUUCCCCACGGUCGUAGGGUACUCACGGGCACCCUGGCAGGGGAGAUGACCAUUUGGAACGGUUUGCAGUUCCACUCAGAGAAUGUGAUGCAGGCGCACAACGCUGGAAUCAAGGCCAUGCGCUGGACGCCUGAUGAGUCGGUGAUGGUGAGUGGCGAUCAACUGGGUUUCAUCAAGCUUUGGGACCAGUACAUCUACAACUUCCAGACCUUCCAGGGACACAAGGAUUCCGUCUGCGACAUCGCGAUUGCCCCCACGGGCGAAAAGUUCUGCUCCUGUGCGGACGAUUCCCACGCGAAGGUUUGGGACCUGCGAACGGGCGAUGAGGAGCGAGCCUUUACUGGGCACGGUUGGGAUGUGAAGUGUUGCGCUUGGCAUCCCACCAAGGGCUUGGUGGCCACUGGCUCCAAGGACUCGCAGAUCAAGUUGUGGGACCCACGGGCUUCGGAAGCCAUCACCACCAUCUUUUGUCACAAGAACACGGUGACGCAAGUGGCCUGGAGUCCCAGCGGUCAGUGGCUCGCCAGCGCCUCGCGAGAUCAGCUGGUGAUGCUGAUGGACAUUCGGACCAUGAGUGUGCGGAAGGUCUUCAAGGCUCAUCAGAAGGAGGUGACUUCCUUGUGUUGGCAUCCUGAGAACGAUGGCUUGUUGGCGUCGGGCGGCUAUGAUGGCGCCUUGCACUUCUGGGGUACCCAAGGCUCUUCGAAGCCCAUCGAAAGCCUGCCCUUGGCGCAUGAAGGCGCAAUUUGGUCUCUUGCUUGGCAUCCCUUGGGUCACCUUCUGGUGAGCGGAUCCAACGACUAUUCCACUCGCUUCUGGAGCCGGGCACGUCCCGGGGAUAGCAACUUUGAACAGCUCCUGCCGAAACGCGUUGGGUUGGGUGCCACGGAAGCCACGGCCGUGGUUGAGAUGCCACCGGCUGGCGAGACGCAGGAGAUUCUGCAGUCUGGCGUCUUUGCGGAACUUCCCUGGCCCCCUUGUUCAGAGGAGCGCCUGGCCAUCCUCAACGGCACCUUGGCGCUGGCGCCGGAGCCGGAGCCCGCGGAGCCGGUGCUGGCGCCGGAGGAGCCGAAAUCGGCCGAGCCCUCCACACCCAUGGUGGGCUUGUCGUUGGGUGAAGGUCCAAAAGCCAAAAACGUCUUGGACACCUCCGACUUUGACUUCGAGGAGAAGACUCUAGAAGCGAAGCUGAAGGUCCCAACCAAGGUGGAACCCACUGAAGAGGUGCGGCCGAAAAUGGCCAAGGUGGAGCCUGUGGAGGCACCCCCUGCAGUGCUUUCCACAGCAGGAACGGCUGAGGCCGUGACCGAAGCCCCUCCGGUGGCGCCAGAGGAGCCAGUGGAGCCAGGAAACUCCGCGGCGCAAGCGCCCGCGCCUGUGCCUGCGGUACCCGUGAAGGUGGAGGAGGCCGAAACGGGAAAAACGACAUGAAAUUGUGAAGCACAAUCAAAAUCUUUCCGAAAAAUA